UUUAAGUAUGCUUAGCAAAUUUCCCUAAAUAGGCCGCCCCUACCAAACGCUUGUGUUAAAUUGAGGACGUAGGCAUAAAACGGUGGUUAAACAUCAAACCCUAAGGCAGGCAGUAAGAAAAGAGGAGAGAGAUGGGGAGAAACCCAGCACUGCUGUUGAGACAACUGAUUGCCAACCGUAGCAAGCUCUGCUGCUCAGCUUAUCGUCUUCCUUAUCUUCCUUCCAAUUCACCUCAAUUUUCUAAUUCAAUUGCAACUUCAUCUUCACCGAUUACAUUUACUUCCUUUCCUUUAUCCAAAACCUCUCACUUCUCUAGCCUUCCUUCUCCGCCAUGCCGAUUCCUAUCAACUUCCUCAGGUUCUUCAAACAUUGUUAUGAUUAAUACCGAGGAGGGAUUUAAAAGUGCAUUUAAAAAAGUUCAAGAUGAGUCUGUGCCAGCAAUUUUCUAUUUCACUGCAGUGUGGUGUGGGCCUUGUAGGUUGAUAUCUCCAAUCAUUGGACAGUUAAGCGAGCAGUAUCCUCAUGUAACAACAUAUAAGAUUGACAUUGAUGAGAAAGAUCUGGGAAAGACUUUGAGCGAGUUGAAUAUUACCUCUGUGCCAACAUUUCAAUUCUUCCAAAAUGGGAAGAAGGCAGCCGAAGUAAUAGGAGCUGACGCCCAACUCUUGAAAAGUACAAUGGAAAAACUAUACGAGUAACUUCCACCAGCCCCUGUCUUCCUUUUCUGUACUUUGCUCUUUUUUUCAUUUUGGGUAAGGAAGUUAACAAUUUGAUAUUUUAAAACAUCAAAUAAAAUGCAGUUCAACUUCAUGACUA